GCCGUCCUCACACGAUCACCGACAAGCGAGGCAGCUACAUCAACUGCCUCUGUGCCAGCUAAUAUCCCAACAAAUUCAUGUAUGCAGACACAGUCCAACAUUGGUCAGACAGACAAAGAAUUGUUUGAUGGAAAGCCAGUGUCUAUAUGUCAACCCCAGGCGAUGGCGUCCCUCGGUCAGACUUCCACCCCCGGAAAUGUUCCCUUGUUUACCAGUCUGAUGGCUGCAUCCAAGUCUCCCUGAUACCUCGGACACUCAACAGCCCUCUCUUACGUAAUUCUGAGGUUCUGCCCGGGAUCGGUGCUAAGACAGAUUCCCCGAAUCUGACUCCAUUCACGGACUUUGCCAGUCUGGCUAAAUCCUCCCCACAGGGGGGCAUGUUUCGACCUACGAGUACAUCCGUACCAAAAUCUCCUAUGACUAGUCCGGUAAAAUCCCCAGGCCGACACGACGAUGACGUGGUGGAAGAGUAUGAACCAAAAGUAGACUUCAAACCAAUUAUCGAUCUCCCAGACUUGGUCGAGGUCAAAACUGGAGAAGAAGAGGAGGAAAAGCUAUUUGGAGAGCGUGCCAAACUUUACCGCUAUGACCCAGAAACUAACCAAUGGAAGGAGAGAGGCAUCGGAGAGAUGAAGCUUCUCAGACAUCGCAACACCAAGCAGGUACGAGUGUUGAUGAGGCGAGAACAGGUCCUGAAGCUGUGUGCCAAUCACAAGCUCACCACAGCCAUGAAGCUGGUUCCCAUGGCGAACUCCGACAGAGCGUGGUGCUGGACAGCCAUGGAUUACGCUGAAGGCGAGCUGAAGACCGAACGUCUUGCAGUCAGGUUUAAGAAUCCUGAUCAAGCACAGCUAUUCAAACAGGCAUUCGAGGAAUGUCAGGAGGAAAUUCAGAAACAGGAGCAGAAAGCUCCUUCUUCUCCAGUUAAAGAAGAGAAAAAGGAAAAACAAGGUACCAAGGAUCAAAUGUCAUUGGCAGAGAUGUUUAAACCUGCAGCAGGUAGCUGGGAGUGCAACGCCUGUUAUGUAUCAAACAAGUCUGAUGCCCAGAAGUGUGUAGCAUGCAGUACGCGAAAACCUGGAACAAAGCCGCCAUCUGUGGCAACAACUAAAACCAAGGCGGCUUCAAAUCAGGCCACAACCGGGCAGUCACUCAUGGAACUUUUUAAACCCGAGGAGGGAAGCUGGGAUUGUGAUGGAUGUUACGUCAAUAACAAAGCUAACGUACAGAAAUGUGUGGCAUGUCAGGCACUGAAACCGGGACUCAAACCGUCAGACAUAAAGCCAUCGUCUGGUACCACAAGUGGUGGCCUGAGUGGCUUCAAAUUUGGAACAGCACCAGGUGGUGGCUUCACAUUUGGAACGCCUCCUGCUGAAUCGACCACAGAAACGAAAACAACGCCAAGUGUAUCGAAGCCAGGGGCUGUCGGAAAAGCUGACCAAAUAACGCCAAGUGUACCGAAGCCAGGGGCUGUCGGAAAAGCUGACCAAACAAAGCCAAGUGUUAAACCAGAGGAUGUCAAACCUGCGGCCUCAGCCUCAGUCUCUGUAGGACCAUCUGGUUUCACCUUUGGUGGACCAGCCACCGGUGGCUUUAAGUUCGGAAUGCCACCAGCAGCAUCUACAAAGGAUACCAAAUCUACCCCAGUUGCGUCCGCAGGAGAGCCAACUUCGGCUGGCUUUACGUUUGGGCAGACUACGGCUUUCAGCUUCAAGAAGACAGAGACUGCUACAUCAACCAGUAGUUCCUCUACCUCGGCAAAUGGUACAGGGUUUAAGUUUAACAUGGCCUCCCUAGUUUCCAGUACAACUCAGCCUAGCAGUACAACCACUACCUCCGCUACACCUUCAUCUACUACAGGCAAAACAACCCCGGGCAUUGGUUCGGGCAUAGCACCAGUAACAUCAACGACAAAAACUACCACAUUUGGUGCUCCUCAAGGAGGUUUCAAUUUCAGUUUGGGUAAAACCAGUACAGAGAACUCUCCGCAGGCAUCUACUGAAACAACCUCGGCCCCGGCCGCUUUAAAAUUUACAACACCAACAGCUGACACCAAGUCCUCUGGGUUCUCCUUUAAAACCACAGCAGAGCCUAAAACACCAGAGUCAAAGCAGUCGGCCAUAUCAUCUGGAUUCCAGUUUACAUUCACUCCUUCUGGAGCGCAGGGGAAAUCUCCCGGAGUAACCUCCCCUAAGUCUCCAGAGGCCAGUGAAUAUUAUCAAAACAAGGAAGGUGAGGAUGACCACAUACAUUUUGAACCAAUCGUGUCGCUUCCUGACGCUGUUCCUAUAGUAACGGGAGAGGAGAACGAUGAAGUAUUGUACGAGCAUCGUGCCAAGUUGUACCGCUUUGACAAGCAGGAAUGGAAGGAACGUGGACUAGGUAAUGUCAAGAUUCUUUACAACAGCGACACUGAGAAAUGUCGUCUGCUGAUGCGACGGGAACAGAUUCUCAAAGUGUGCUGUCACCAUUACAUCACACCGGAUCUCGAGCUCAAACCCAUGCCCAAGACGGACGGCAAGGCCCUUGUCUGGUUUGCUAUGGACUUCUCUGAUGAAACACCAGGCAUGGAGCACUUCUCCAUCCGGUUCAAGUCUGCGGAAAUUGCCAGCAAGUUUGCUGAUGCAUUUGACACAGCUCGGGAAAAGUCUAAAGACGAAGGGGCAAAGGACUCGCCAGCUGCCAAUGUAGUCAAGUCACCAGAGACUAAGAGUACCUUGGACCCAGUUAAACCUGACGAGGUGGUGUUUGUUCGUGAGGAGAAAGCCACAGAGGAACAAAUUGCCCAAGCCAGGAAAUAUAUGUUACCUGACCAUUUCUACCUGUACCUGUCCUGUAAACCAUGUCCUGGGUGUCGAGGCUGCACAGACAGCAUGCCAGGGGAUUCACCAAGUCAAAACACAGUUAGUAGCACCACUAGUGGUUCAUCGAAGGGAUCGUCCAGUAAGUCCGAGACCCCCACGUCAAGCAGUGUGGCUGGAGGUGGAGGAAGUGCAGGAUCUGGACUUUUUAGUGACCUUGGGACCGGUAAAGUGUUUGGUGCUGCUUCGACAACUAAAGCUUCUUCUCCUGGCCAAGUAUUUGGGACAAAACCUACUUCUCAAACAUCUGAUGGAAUAUUUAAUACCCCUACCACUGGAGGCCUGUUUGGUUCUCAGCCAUCUACGAAGGCCCCUUCCUCGGGCGGACUGUUUGGUUCUCUGCCAACUACAACUGCCUCUUCAACUGGUGGACUGUUUGGUUCUCUGCCAACUACAACUGCCUCUUCAACUGGUGGUCUGUUCGGUUCAUUAACAACUACAACUGCGUCUUCAACUGGCGGACUAUUUGGUUCUCUAACAACUACAACUGCAUCUUCGACUGGUGGUCUGUUCGGUUCUCUUACGACUACAACUGCAUCUUCGAGUGGCGGUCUGUUUGGUUCUCUUGCGACUUCAACUCCAUCUUCGACUGGCGGUGGUUCUCUUGCGACUUCAACUCCAUCUUCGACUGGCGGUGGUUCUCUUACGACUACAACUGCAUCUUCGACUGGCGGUCUGUUUGGUUCUCUUGCGACUUCAACUCCAUCUUCGACUGGCGGUGGUUCUCUUGCGACUUCAACUCCAUCUUCGACUGGAGGUCUGUUCGGUUCUCUAACGACAACAACUUCCUCUUCCACUGGGGGUCUGUUUGGAUCUUCACUACCAACUACUUCAACUCCCUCCACUAAGGGAUUAUUUGGUUCUACACCUCAAACUUCACUAUUUGGCACCAAACCUGCAACAACUGUAUCAGAAUCUGCCAGUACUCCACAGAGCAGUGCUGAUGACCACACGGUCAGUCCGGGAGGGACUGUCUUUGGGGGUCAGACGAGCUCUGCAGGACAAUUUUCAUUCUCACAGAUAGCCUCACAAAGUGGCUCAGAGAAUGCCUUCAAAAAAGAUGAAAGCAAGCCAUUCAGCUGGUCGGGAGCAGGCAAACAGCUGUUUGGUACCAAGGGCCAAGGUGGAGGGGCACAAGAAGGAGACGAGGACGAUGAAGUUGUGGAAAGUCACGACCCACAUUUUGAGCCAAUUGUUGCCCUCCCCGACCUUGUUGAGAUUAAAACAGGUGAAGAAGAUUUUGACGCCCUGUUCAGUAUACGGGCCAAGCUCUACCGAUUUGACAAGGAUAUUAAUCAGUGGAAGGAGAAGGGAGUCGGUGAAAUGAAGAUCCUUGAACAGCAUCAAACAGGAAAGAUACGGCUAUUACUGCGCCGUGAACAGAUCUACAAGCUGGCCUGUAACCACUGGCUGACCCCUGACCUCAGCUUUAAGCCAAUGGCUACGUCAGAGACCGCAUGGUGCUGGACAACACAGGACUACAGUGAAGAAGAGCCUCGUAUGGAACAGCUGGCUGUCAAGUUCAAGAACCAAGAAAUAGCCACCCAGUUUAAGGAGCUGAUUGAUAAGUGUCAAGCAAAGUUGAGAGAGAUGCCACAGUCUACUCAUGAGGAUAAGAUGCCAAUCCAAGUCUCUGAGGUAACGUCUGAGGCCAGUGAUGCAGUCAUCUCUCAACCUACAGAAGAAGACGAUGAGGAGGAAGAGGAGGAGGAUGAUGAGGAUGAAGAUGAUGACGAUGACGACGAUGAUGAGAUGAUCUUGUUUGAAAAAAGAGCAACAUUGUAUACAAAAGAUGGAACAUGGAAGAUUCUGGGGAUGGGGCAGCUGAAGGUGCUGUAUGAUGAAGAUGUAAAUGGCAACAGAAUCGCCAUGGAAACGGACGACAAAGAGACUGUGUGCAAUCAUUUAUUAACCAAAGAAUCCGUAUUGAAAAUCAACAAGAAACAGAGGAAUUGUGAGUGGUCUCCCAUUGAUUUCUCCACGGACGAUCCGGUGCGACGAGAAUUCCGUGCUCAGUUCAGUUCAGAGACAGUUCUAGAUGAAUUUGAACGAUUCUUCAAGCAGGGCCAAACACUCGCAGUCGAUUCCGACCUCUCGGAGAGGCACAUGAUGACGACAUAUCCACGGGAAAUUGUUUACCCGGAAGUCCAUGCACAUAGUGCUGGCACAGAGGACUGAGAUGCGACGGCAAAUUCGUUUUGACAAACGAGCUCAGAACCACAUAGCUUGGACAUUACUGACCCUCUAUGAAACACAAGUAUUCCUUAAGACAGCGUGUUGUGAUAUUUGUAUAGAGUUUGAUGUUAACCUAAUAUGGAUUUCACCAGAAAGUCUAUCAACCCUGCAUACUGUAAAAGUGGUUAUUUUCAUGGGGAGUUAAUUUAGCAAUUUUUAUAUGUAAACUUUAUGCAUGGGGGAAAUUUUCGCGAUUGAUCCACCCAUAUGUAGUUUGAGAUUAGACAAAUUGAUAUAAAAAAAAAAUACAUGUGUGGGAAACUUUUACGAUCAAAAUUACUCCAUGUAAUUAGCAUAAAUUUACCCCUCGCGUAAAUUUCCACAUUUACACUUAAUGUAGGGUACAAAAUCUGUAGAGUUUGGAUUGAAUCUAUAGUUUGUGUUAAUCCUGCUCCUGCCAUAGUAUUAUUGAAUUAUCAAGAAACAUCGACCUGAACUUUUAUUGACAGAUUUAUUUACUGGUGAACGUAUCUACAGAAAGUACUCUCUGUGCAUUCUGGUAUAACAGAGGAAAUCCUGUGCUCUUUUUAGCCGACUUAUUCGUUUGAUUUCCCAUCUUUUUCUUUUUUCUUCUUCUUUCCUCUGACUUUUUGUUUCUGAUUGAAGUACCAACUGAUAUCUACUAUAAACCUUCAUCUUGAAAGUUAAAUGUUGUGUAUAUAUAACAUGUUCUGUUACUGUUGGUGCUAAUUGUGGAAGCGUCAUUGCCAGCACACAUUUUCUAUAUUACCACCUGUCAUAGAAAGAAGUUUAUGAUUAAAAAAACAACUGUUUUAUAGUAUUUUUCAUGGUAAUGGUUUAUAUUCAUCAAAUGCAUGGGUGAGUUUUCAGUAUAAUUCUGAAUUCUGUAUUUUGGAAAUAUUUGCCCCCAUAUACCCAGUAUGUCCAUGUUAAACAUCUAUUUUAGUAUUUUGAAAUCACAACACUUUCAUCCAUGCAAAUAUUAUAUCAGCAUUAUAAGGGACUUCGGCAAAAAAUACGGACUUAAUGAUCCGUAAAUAUGUAUAUCAUAAUACAAACACAGAUUGUGGGUUAGGGAUUUGGUGCCUGUCCCCGUGUUGGAGAUAAGGUGUAUCAAAUUAAGAUCAAAAUCUCAUAUACUUCUUAAUAAUGAAGUUUUGUCAUUAUUUCUAUAAAUAACUUCGAAAGUUGAAAAAGUGUUCUCUUUAUAAAAUAACCGCAAAUGUAGCAGAUAUGUUUUCCAAUUGUUAUGUUGAUUUCUACGUCAUCGAGAACCGUACUGGAAAUUUCUAUAUUGUAAUAGGAAUGUUUUGCAAACACCACCAUAAUUAUGUGUAUGUGUUAUUAGAUCAAGAUUCUUUGUUCCAGGUGUCAAAAGAUAGUUUUGUUUGAAAAAAAAAGAGUUUACAAUAAUGUAAUUUUUCCAGUAUAAAGAGCACUUUUAACAACCUGUAACCAGAUAUUUUUACAUGAAAACAUUUUUAUCGACCAGCAAAAGGUAUACCGUAUUUAUACUAAUAAACGCCCCCGCCCUAAACGCCCCCCCCCUUUUUGGAAAGAAAAAUUCCUCAAUUCGAGAAAAAGAACUUACCGUGGCACACUUAUAUAUCCAUCCACGUGUGUCCAGAGGUAAUUAUUUAAAGGAUAUCCAACAUAAAACUAACACAAACCACAAAACAAAGUUUCAGUAACUAUAUACACAGUACCACUAUAUGUUUCAUGGUGUGAAAUGGGUACAUACAACAGAUCUCACAACUUACCGACUCUGAAAUUUUGAUCUCCAUUAAACGCCCCACCUUGGAAAAAUUUCACUCCCCCGGGGCGUUUAUUAGAAUAAAUACGGUAAUAUACUUCCUCGUAUCUUACAACUAUUUGUCAUUUCUACUAUGAUGUUCAAUCAUGUCUACUGUCUCAAAAUACGCAAAUAACCCCAAAGUGGUUUCCAGUUUACUUACAAAUAUAUUUUGUCAUGUAUUCAAAUUAAACAGUCUUUAUUAUUGUCGUUAAAAUCGUUCGAGAAAUGAGAUCAAAAUUUUUGGGAAUUGUGAUCAUGUAAGAUUAUGAAUAUUCAUAAAUCUGCAUUAACUUUGUAAGAUUACUAAAUACAAUUUGUGUGCCAUGUACAACAAUACCUAGUAUGUACCUUCACUUUUAAUAUUGUUGUUCAGGUAUAAAGAAGUGCUAUUGUAUGAUAGAGCCAUUUUACUGAUGUAUAGACGUGCUACAGUUUGGACUUGGUGAUCAAUUCUUGUACCGAUCUUGUUCCAUUAAAUUCUCAAAAUCA